AUGAGAUUCCUUCCUUGGGCUGCUGCCAUUCUCUCGGCUGUGUGCGUUCAGGCAAAUGAAUGGCACGCCUACUACCGGCUGACCUCCGAUGCAUAUCAAGCCAAGUUCAAUGACCUUGUCGGCCAAGGUUACCGACUGAACUCCGUCAGCGGCUAUGAACGCAACGGCCAGCCUAACUUCGCCGUCAUUUUCGAGAAGAAAUCUUCAGCGGCCUGGAAGUCUCACCAUGGCAUGACUUCUGCCGCCUACCAAAAGAAAUUCGACGAGUACCUCAGCCAGGGAUACCGUGUCGUCCAGGUCAAUGGCUACACUGUCGGCGACGACGCUUACUAUGCUGCCAUAUGGGACAAGUCGCCCUCCGCAGGCUGGGUCACCCGUCAUGGAAUGACGAUUGAAUCGAUGCAGAAAUAUUUCGACGAGUACCUGAAACAGGGCUACAAGCUCACUCAUAUCAGUGGCUACGAGCUCAAGGGCGAGGAGCGCUUUGCUGCGGUCUGGGAGAAGACGAACGACCAUAUCGCCUGGCUGUCUUAUGCCAACAUGACCUCUGCCGAAUAUCAAUCGCGCUUUGACAAAUAUGUGAAGGACGGAUAUCGCCUGGUCGACGUCGAUGGAUAUCAGGUAGACGACCAUGUUUACUAUGCGGCCAUCUGGGACAAGUCGGCCUCUGGUGCUUGGGUCGCCAGACAUGGAUUGGAUUCACCAAGCUUCCAGGCGGCAUUCGACAAGUAUAAGAAGGAGGGCUAUGUUCUUCGCGCUUUCAGUGGGUACAAUUCUGGAAAGGAGGAUCGCUAUGCUGGUCUUUGGAUAAAGCCAUAG